AUGGCGAACCUCAUGCAAAAGUUCGCCAAAAGCAAACCCUCAUUACGAUUCCUCACAUCCGUAAAUACCCAUCUGGUCCCAAAAUCAGACCAUUCUCUCGCUUCCCAGCACACCCACUCCGCCGCCCCCAAACCCGAAUUCAUAGUUUCCCCGAUUUUCGGUUUGGGCGAUGACAAGGUUGAGAUUGAACCUUAUAAAUGCUCGGUUAUUUUCCCCAGUUUUCCAUUUGGGUAUUGCUUAAAUUCUAGUCCCUCAACUGGGUCUGGACCAUUGGGGGUCGACCAGAUCGACGGGGUUGAUAGUGAGGACUCGCGGACGGUUUGGGCUGAUAGUGUCAAGAAGAAGAGGAAGAAGAAGAUGAACAAGCAUAAGUAUAAGAAGCUUCGGAAGCGUCUUCGUCGAAAGGCAAGAACUUGA